UUCAAGUUGAAGCUUAAACACUAGCUAUAGAACCAGCAAGCCCUCUUAUUUCUCGAGUACACUAGCUCUAAUUUGAGGCGAAAAUGGCCGUUACCAACUUCACCCAGGAGUUCACCACUUCCAUUGCUCCAUCAAGGAUGUUCAGAGCUUUGAUCCUUGACUCCCACAAUCUCAUCCCCAAAAUUGCACCACAGGGCAUCAAGAGCAUUGAGUUUGUUGAGGGAGAUGGAGGCGUUGGAAGCAUCAAGCAGACCAACUUUUCUGAUGGUGGACACUUGAAGUGGCUGAAGCACAGGAUCGAAGCCAUUGAUGCAGAGAAGCUUGCAUGCAAGUACACUCUGAUAGAGAGUGACACAGAAUUCAGCAAGAUUGAGACGGUUGUGUAUGAGGUAAAAUUCGAAGCUUCCAGUGACGGCGGAUGUGUCUGCAAGAUGACCAGCGAAUACCACGUGAAGGCCUGUGUGGAGCUCAAAGAAGAGGACGUCAAGCAGGGCAAAGACAAAGCCAUGGGACUAUACAAAGUUGUCGAGGAAUACCUGCUUGCCAACCCCGAUGCCUAUGCUUAAAUGAGUGUGGUCCGGAGUUGGUUAACAUGAGAGCUUGCGUAUUUGUCUACUUUACUGUUCCCCCUUUUCUUGUUCUUUUUCUUUUUCUGGGAGCUUUAUCUCUUUCAUAUGGCUUUUUGUUUUGGGCAAAAUACAUCAAUAAUACAGUAAUAAUUGUGUGAUUUUACA